GCAGUGGUGGAAGAAGAGGCGGCGGCGGCGCGGGUAGGGAGCCUGGAAACGCGAGCGAGGAUGGUAGGUGGUUUGGACCCGCCGGGCCGCCGUCGUUUCCAGAAAGGGUUUGACUGGAGGAACCUCUGGAGCAGCUGUUGGCUGGCUCCUCUGGCUGAUGGCAUGUUGAGACACAUGGGCCAGUGGCAGCGAGGGCAUCUGAUCCAGAGGGGGCCACUCUAGGGGCCAGGCCAUCAGCACCAUGGGCCAGUGUGUCACCAAAUGCAAGAAUCCCUCAUCAACCCUGGGCAGCAAGAACGGAGACCGUGACCCUGGCAGCAAGUCUCACAGCAGGCGGAGCGCAGGCCACCGCGAGGAGCAGCCACCAGCCUGUGGCAAGCCAGGUGGGGAUAUCCUUGUCAAUGGGACCAAGAAGGCAGAGGCUGCCACCGAGCCCUGCCAGUUGCCAACGUCCUCUGGAGAUGCUGGGAGGGAGCCCAAGUCCAAUGCCGAGGAGUCUUCCCUGCAGAGGCUGGAAGAAUUGUUCAGGCGCUACAAGGACGAGCGGGAGGAUGCAAUUUUGGAGGAAGGCAUGGAGCGCUUUUGCAAUGACUUGUGUGUUGACCCCACGGAAUUUCGAGUGCUGCUCUUGGCUUGGAAGUUCCAGGCCGCUACCAUGUGCAAAUUCACCAGGAAGGAGUUUUUUGAUGGCUGCAAAGCAAUAAGUGCAGACAGCAUUGAUGGGAUCUGUGCACGGUUCCCUAGCCUCUUAACGGAAGCCAAACAAGAGGAUAAAUUUAAGGAUCUCUACCGGUUUACAUUUCAGUUUGGUCUGGACUCUGAAGAAGGGCAGCGGUCACUGCAUCGGGAAAUAGCCAUUGCCCUUUGGAAACUAGUCUUUACCCAGAACAAUCCUCCAGUAUUGGACCAGUGGCUAAACUUCCUAACUGAGAAUCCCUCGGGGAUCAAGGGCAUCUCCCGGGACACCUGGAACAUGUUCCUUAACUUCACUCAGGUGAUUGGUCCUGACCUCAGCAACUACAGUGAAGACGAGGCCUGGCCAAGUCUCUUCGAUACCUUUGUGGAGUGGGAAAUGGAGCGAAGGAAAAGAGAAGGGGAAGGGAGAGGUGCACUCAGCUCAGGGCCCGAGGGCUUGUGUCCCGGGGAGCAGACUUAGUGGCUCUGUUCCAGGAGCAGCAGCAGCAGCAGCAAGGAUCUGCCUGCUGCCCUGCAGCCAACCGAGGAAUUGGACCUUUCUGGAAAUUACUGAAGAUCCAGAUAUUUUCUACUUUACACCUUUCUCUGCCUUGUAUCUGAAAGGGCUCUAAAAUGCUGUAUCAUGUUUUAGGCACUUUCUUCACUUUUUGGUUAUUUUGGUUAUUUCUUUUGGGGGGGUUCCCCAAAAUAUUUGAAC